AUGAAGCCGUUAACUGAACUCGAUCCCUUUCAACAUAUUUCGUUCCAAUUUAAAACUAUACAGUUACUUGGAUUGUGGUUUUAUAUACCACAUGAUUUAAAUUGUCCCACAUUUUGGUUACAAAUAAUAUGUAAGGUCUUCACCGGCGUUUUUGUCUUUAUUAUACCACCACUCGGGCAAAGUAUAUUUUUAAUAAAAUUGAUCUUGUCUGGAGAUGCUGAAAUACAAGAAAUUGCUGGAAUAGUAAAUUUGGUUUUGACAGAAUUGCUGACUUCUUUGAAAUUAUUGGAUUUACGUUGCCGGCGCACUUUACUGAGAGAGUUACAGGAACAAAUGGAAAGUAGCGAAUUCUUGCAUUUUCACAGACCACAAAUAGACAUUAUAGAAAAAAGUAUAAAGCUUUCUAAGAAGCUGUUUGUAUGGCUCACUGUUGGUGUAGCUAUUGAUAUUACAGUCCAUAUAAUCAUAGUUCCAGCGGUACAUGGGUUUAAAUUUUUACCCGUGAAAAUGGAUUUUAUAUUCUUUGAUGUAAACAAAUAUCCAUACUUCAACAUCAUUUUUAUAUACCAGAUCUUGUAUAAACCCACUUUGCUUUUUACUUUUGGGGCUAUACAGACUCUGCGUUGGGCGUUCAUGCUAUGUGCCAACAGUCAAUUAGAUGUUUUAGUUUAUAACUUAAAAAAUAUAAAAAAACUAAGUGAAGAAGAAAACUUACUGGAGCGUGAAUCGUUUGAUAAUAUUUUUAAAAGAAACAUUAUUCAUCAUUGUGCAAUAAUACAAUUUGUAAAAACAUUUGAAGCUGCUUUUGGAGGACAAUUUAUUUUAUUUUUUAUAAUUAAUACAUGCAUAAUAGGAACGACAGCUACACAAUUUUUUUCGAUACAAAAUCCUUUAAGCCAUAUAGUGGAUAUUUUUUGGAUCUUUGGAUUUCUUUUUAUGCUGGUCAUGAUACUUUUAAUUGAUUGCUAUUUUGGAAGUACUAUAACGGAUAAGAGCGCGUACAUAUCAACGGUUGUAUAUCGCCACCCAUGGAUCAAUUUACCAAAGAACACGAAGAAGAACCUUAUCAUUUUUAUGAGUCGAAACCAACGAACCCUAACAAUAAACGCCGCAAAACUCGUACCUGUUUCCAUUGCAACGUUCACCAAGGUUAUGAAUUGGACAUACAAAUGUUUCGCUGUAUUGAACCAAAUGAAGAAUUAAGAAAAAGAAAAAAGAUGUAGUAACUACUUUUUAAAUUAAAACAUAUUAUGUUUUAGUUUUGACAUAUUAAAAAAUGCACUAGUUUCACUUAGGUUAUUUAUCGAACGAUGCUCGACACGUUUCGAGAAGAUUUAAGGUUUAAGGUUUAUGAAGCAGACUCGAUGUAAAAUAAUGUCCGGCUCAUAUAUUCAAGAAAUGAUUUAUUUUGAUUACGAAGGGUAAAACCUAAGAAGUAAAAUUCAAAAACGUUCCAAUUAAAUUGAAGUAAAAAGAAAGCAAAUUUUUUAGUUAACGUAACUUGAAAAUCAUCAUUUAUUAAAUAUAAUAACGCUUCGUUUAUUAUAGCA